GAUCAUACUGCCGCCUAGACUUCGAUGCAGAGAAAAACAUAAAGCCUACAACAUUAUAGGUAUACAAAGCAGCAUGCGGUGAUUUAUAUCCGGCAAAAAGAAGUAAAAAAGUUAAGGCUUCGUUUGCACGUUGCGCAGUCUUCACCGGUAGGAGCGCUGUCAAUCAAACACGCACGAUGUAGCGUGCGAAAUGGUGGCAAUUUUGUUUGCGCCCUGUUUAAAUAAAGUUUGCAAGAGCUGUGUUCCUGACGCUGACCGCGUCAAAACGACAGGCCAGGUAACUACAAACGACAGUGGUCGCGACGCUUGCAUGUUUGCAAACCCUAACACUGCUAUCACCAUCCUGUAUCCCUCUGCAUCUUACUAUCAUGGAAAACACCGACUCUGAAAUUGUCAGUGUGACAGUGAUAGAAGAAGUAACGCUGGAUACCUCUAACAACGACGAGGUCCAACUAGAGACUAAAGUGAGCGAAGAAAUAACCCUGGAUACCCCUAGCCACGACGAUGUCCAACUACAGACAGAAGUGAGCGAAGAAAUACCGUUGGAUACCCCUAGCAACGUCGAUGUCCUACUACAGACUGAAGUGAGCGAAGAGAUAACGCUGGAUACUCCUAACAGCGAUGAUGUCAAACAACAGACUGAAGUGAGCGAGGUGGACCUCUGUACAGACGAUGUUGGCGACGCAAAUCAACCAAAUGGCAGUGAAGUUCUUCCGUCAUAUAACUUGUGCACGAGACCACUACAGCUGUGCGGGGCAUGGAAUGCGUUUGGGGAAAACUUUACAAAAGGGUGCAAGUGGUCACCAGAUGGGUCUUGCAUUUUAACAAACAGCGACGACAACGUGUUGCGAUUAUUCAACCUCCCGCCACACUUCUAUCAGAUGCCCACGGAUUGGGACGAAGUGGAGGAAUUGACCCCUGUCUUGUGUUGUAGUGAAGGUGGAUUGCUUUAUGACUAUGCCUGGUAUCCUGGAAUGUCAUCCCAGGUUCCUGCUUCCUGUUGUUUUGCAAGUACAAGCUGCGGAAGCCCCGUACACCUGUGGGAUGCCUACUCCGGCGAACUGAGGUGCUCUUAUAGGUCAUACAACCACCUGGACGAACCGGUAUCGGCAUAUAGCAUUGCGUUUGAUACGCACGGGGACAAGCUGUACUGCGGAUUCAACAAAAUGGUCAGGGUAUUCGACGUAUGUCGGCCUGGAAGGACGUUCGAAGAACGGCCCACCAAUCUGAAAAAGAUGGGGCAGCCAGGCUACAUCAGCUGCAUAGCAUUUGGAGCUCCCGGGAUGUACGCUGCCGGAUCUUACUGCAAAUCAGUUGCUAUGUACUCCAUAUCGGAUGGGCAGCUGCAGUUCAUCAUGUAUGGACACCAGGGGGGUGUAACACAUCUCAAGUUCUCUCCUGAUGGUACCAAGUUGUACAGUGGUGGAAGGAAGGAUUAUUCCAUUCUUUGUUGGGAUAUACGCAACCUCGGCAACGUGCUAUAUAGGAUGCAGAGAACGGCUACGACAAACCAACGGAUGUAUUUUGACAUUUCAAGGUGCGGAAAUUACAUGAUAUCAGGAAAUACAAACGGAAUAGUAACUGUGUGGGACCUGCGCACUCCACCGUUUUAUUUAGAUGACCUGGGUGCGGUCAUGAAACCCAGCCUAUUUUUCAAGGACCACAAGGACUGUGUCAAUGGUGUAGGUUGGCACCCGACACUUCCCAUGUAUGCAACCACUUCGGGAGAAAGAAAAACCUGCGAUUUGGCAGGAGACAAUAGCGACAAGUUUUUUGUGAAGCCAGCAAAGGACAAGUCGGACAAUUCUUUAAGAAUUUGGUGGGUGCCGCAGGAAGAGUCAGCCGACAUGUGAUAUUGGUUUCGUCUCAUCAUAGGGAUCACAAUAAAAAACUGUACAGUGCAUGCUGGUUUUGCACAGCUAAGAACGUAAACCAGUUUGCAAAUAAAUAAAGAUUAUGUACAUUAUC